AUGUUCUAUUUCAACAUGUUCACCACAACGUUCAGGCGUUCGGAUCCGAACGACGAAACGUUUUGGCCGGCCAACAAUUUAUCGGCUCACACACCGGCCCACACAUCCACACGCUAACCCUCGCGCUCCAGGUCCCCACGUACGGCGUCAACCUCGUGUGAAGGCCGCGUUUCCGGUUUCCAACAACAACAGCAGUCAGUCGGUGCCGGCCUUGCAGACGAUUAUUAUGCCCAUGCGCGUGAAAUUUGUUUUUUCGAAGGGCCUGGCAUCUUUUAGGAUUUUCCGCUCAAUCACGUAGUAACUAAAUAGUCGAAGCCCACC